AUGGAUGUCGUGAAGAUCCGAAUGCAAGUCUAUAAAACCGGAUUGGUCGACACAACGAAAAAUACCAUUAAAGAACAAGGCCCCCUCGGACUUUACACAGGUUUAUCGGCUGCCCUCCUAAGACAAAUAACUUACACCACUGCAAGGAUUGGCUUUUUUAAUACCUUGUCGGAUAUCUGCGAAAAACAUUUGGGCCGACUCAAUUAUCCGACUCUUGUCUCCCUGGGAAUGAUCGCGGGGAUGAUCGGUGCCCUGAUUGGAACACCUGCGGACGUUGUGAUGGUCCGAAUGAUAGCUGACGUUCAUCUUCCACCUGAAAAACGUCGGGGGUACAAGCACGCUGUCAACGGGCUGAUCAGGAUAGCCAAGGAAGAAGGAGUCCUCAGAUUAUGGACGGGAUCAAUUCCGACUACGGGAAGAGCAGCGAUCGCGAAUGGUGCUCAACUCGGGACGUAUUCCAGGUCUAAGAUGUUCCUAAAAGACUCCGGACUGCUCGAAGAGGGUCUCUUGUUGCAGUUCAUCGCCAGUUUGAUGUCCGGUAUUGUCGCAGCGACUGCGUCUCUUCCGAUCGACAUUGCGAAGACCAGAGCUCAAAAUUGGAAGGAAUCUGGUAAACCGCCAAGCGUUGGAAGAAUGCUCCUCAUGAUCUCCAAGGGCGAAGGUCCGCGAGCACUUUGGCGGGGAUUCCUUCCCUACUAUGCUCGAAUAGCUCCCAACACCGUGAUCACUAUGGUCUGCAUGGACCAACUGACCAGGCUUUACUUGACGCAUAUUCGAAGAUGA